AUGUCUGAUCGUUAUGAGUUACAUUCUGCCAUUGUUUUAUUCAUACUGGUCAAUUUCAUCAGUUCUGUGUUAAGCAGUAAUUUGGUGGUGAUGACAUUCAAUAUUUGGGAAUCUGGCAAUAAUGUGGCAGAUGGCUUAAAUAAAAUUGUAUCCCACAUCAAAGCGGUAAAUCCAGAUGUAGCGGCACUACAGGAAGUGAGAGAUCAUGAAGUUAUGCAAGAGUUAUUAGAAAAACUCGGUACUGAUUGGUCAGGCUGCUUGAGAAAUGCAGAUUAUCCGGAUACCGGGAUCGUAACACGACAUACACUGCUCACGGAUUCAGUCGCACAAGCCGCAGCUGGAAUCGGAGCCAAAAUUAAACUGAAAUGCAGUCCUUAUACUAUACACGUCUGGAAUCUACAUUUAGACUAUAAAUCUUACGGCCCGUACGCUGCCAACAAUAAACUGGUUACAAGUCGAGAUCAAAUUUUGGCUGGGGAAUACGGUAGCUACAGGAGGUUUUCGAACAUCCGAGACCUACUGACAAAUAACAACUUUAAACAAGCUCUUGACGAUGUUGAUAAAGUACCCUUGAUAGUCUGCGGCGACUUCAAUUCACCCUCUCAUUUAGACUGGACCUAUGAGACUCGUGAUUUACAUGGUGGAUGGACUUUUGAAUAUCCGGCGACAAGUAUACUCCAACGGGAGACUGGCCUUACCGAUUCAUAUCGAGAUUUACAUAACGACUCUCGCUCUGAUCCAGGAGUUACGUGGUCUACCGUAGACAAAAUGACACCGGCAGGUUGGAAUUGGACCAUUCCAGAGCCUCAGGACAGAAUUGACUUCAUAUUUUACAUGAAAAAUUCUUUAGUGGCUGUCAAUUCAACGACCUACCAGGGCUCAAACCCGGUAAACCCUCGUCCGUACCACCAAAAUAACGACUACCCAUCUGACCAUUAUGCUGUUGUUACCACUUUUGAAUUUGUUCAAUUUUAA